CCAUUGCUGCUUUUCCUUUACCCCCAGCCUGGCUGCAUCCAACUAUAACAUAGCUUGAACGCAAAGAACCGGUCUACUUAAAGAGAACAUUGUGCCAAUAAAGGUGAAUGGUAUCAAUGAGUCUGAUUGUCCCCAGCUGCUGUGUGUACAUGUCCCUUCGAGGGUGAGAUCUUCAGAAUGAGCGCAUCAUACUGGACCCUGAUACUUAGAGCCGUGUGUCUCAUCCAGGGUUCUAUGGCUACUAAUGGUUGGAGUGUUACAGUUCCGGAUUCUGUUUCUGCCUUGCAGGGGACCUCUGUGAUCUUUGGUUGUUCUUUUCAAUACCCUUACUAUUCAAACACACAUGCAGAUGAUAUAACUGCUAGGUGGUUAAAAGACCCGUGUGAGCCAGGCUCUAUAGAUCUAUACAAUAAUAAAGCAGAAAACUUGGAACAUGGAAUUAAAUUGAUAGGAGACCUGAAUGAGAAAAACUGCUCUCUUCAGAUAAAUGACAUUCAGAAAACCCACAAUGGUCAUUAUUGCUUCAGAUUUGAAUUAAAAGAUGAAGACAAGUGGACAGGAAAGCCUGGCUUGGUUCUCACUGUUUACGCUCGUCCAGAAAGACCCAAUAUCUCACUUUCCACAGUGUUGGUUGAAGGGGUUAACGCCAGUUUGAUUUGUUCCUCCUCCAACGUUGACAAAAAGGCCCAGCCCAGUCUCAAUUGGUAUGGCACUGCUGACUUUGCAGUGACACAAUGCAAUGUUAACAACUCAACAUUCAGCAGCUGCCUCAGUUUCAUCCCAUUGUACCAGGAUCACAAUAAGGUCAUCAGUUGUUCAGUCAAUUACAGUAAACUCCCGUAUUCUGAUGAAGGCAACAUAACCCUGGAUGUAAAAUAUGCACCCAAAAACACAACCAUUCAAGUACAUCAUGAAUUACAAUUGGAGAUCAAAGAGGGUGAUAACGUCUCUUUGAUAUGCACCAGUAACAGUAACCCUGAAGCCACAUAUACCUGGUACAAGAGGGAGGAAGACAAAGGCCAAGCAGAACCUUUUCAAACCAUGGAAGGGACUCUGUCCUUGCACAGUAUUUCAAGAAGAGCUUCUGGGUUCUACAGCUGUGUAGCAACUAAUUACAUUGGAAAUGGGAGCUCAGAGGCUUUGGAAAUCCGUGUCCAAUACAAACCUUAUGAAGUAAACAUCAGCCAAGCUGGGAUGAGUUUUAAUUGUAUGGCCAUAGCCAAUCCUCCGGCACAGAUUACAUGGAACUACACAGGCAAUGUCAAACCAGUGAUCAGUGGCAAUUGGACCAACAGCACACUGACUCUACAAACAACAUCAAGCAUUUGUGUUUCAUGUCAAGCUCAGAAUAAACAUGGACUUCUGCAUUCGGAGCAACAGUGUGUCAAGUCAACACUAUCAACCUUUCUGAUACAAGUGAUUAUAUCUAUUGUUGGGGCAGUACUUCUCCUGGCCAUUGUACUUUGGAUACGAUGGAAAGUCUUACUCAGAGGAAAAAACCUAGAAAAUGAGUCGCAACCAGUGCUCCACAAUGAGACACAGGACUCAAAACAGGGCAACCAGACGAACAUUUCCACCACCAACAAAGUAUAUGAGAACUUCUGCAUGAGCGGAAGUCCGGCUGAGAAACGGGGUGCUCCGAAGAGGAAUUCUGCAGGUGCUUUGGUAUAUGCUUCCAUAAAGUUUGACAAAAAACCUAAGGGCUUGGAUCUAGAAAAUUCCAACUCAGAACAAGCGAUAUGUAGUGGCAUCCAGGACAAUCAAGUUGCUGAAUUCACUGACAGCGCUGUGUAUGAGAAUGUGGACAUGUAUAAAGCCAGCAGUGUGGAAACAACAGUUAACAGAAAGGAUUCAGAAGAUCCCAUACUAUAUGCCUGCGUAGUUUUUAAAGGACAAUCUGCACAAUCAGCAAAGACCUAAGCACAGCAAACUGUAAAUGGUGUCAUAUGGGAAAAUAUGACCAGAAUUUGUUAAGAUAAUUGGAUUUUCAUCAAUGUCAUACUUCGGAAAAUGCUUCUCCCAUGUUCUGUGAAUUUACUUUUGCUUCUUUCUCAGAAUGUCGGAAUCGUUGGCAAGUUUGCUUUUAUUGUCUAUUCCCAGUUGCCCCAAUGUGGGCCUAUCCUUGAUAAUCUGCAGUCCUUAUGGUUUUGAUGCUCUCCGGAGUGGUGCUACAUAGGGAGUUCCAGGAUACUGAGCCUGAACUGCUGAAGGAACAAACAUGUAUGCGCAAGCCAGGAGCCAGGAUGGUGUGUGCCCUGGAAGGCCUCAAAGGGGAUAUUGCUGCUCAUAAAAUGACAGCCAUAAGGGCAUUCAACUGAGUGUUACAAUGAAAAAAAGUUAGUCAGGGUUCCUGCUCUCAAAGGUGCUCCAGUGACCCCUGCUGGGUGAGGACAGGAUAGACCCUCUGUUCCAUUGAGAGAGACAGACACAUGUAGACUGAGAGAGACACGGACUGAGAGAGAGAGAGCUAGACCAAGUGAAAGAUACUGCAGAGAGAGUGACAGGGUGAGACAGCCAGAGAGGCAAGGAGAAGCAGAAACAAGAAAAGAGAUUACAGAAACAGAGAGAGAGAGACAGGGAGAAAGAGACACAAGAGAGAGCAACAGACAGAGUCAAAGAUAGAGGGAAAGAUAUAGGAGCAUUGGAAUAGAUACAUCUGGAGGUAACAUAAGAAUUGGUGAGAGUUUCAGCAAACAAUGGGCUCUGACAGGGGCAGAGAUGGGAGAGAUUUCUUUUUACAGAACAGCAUUUUUAUUUCUACAGACUUAACUAAUUUUAUCAUCCUAUCAGCAGGGCAAUCGCGUUGCUGAAUUCAGUGAGAGAGAAAGACAGAGAGCAAUGUAACCUUGAAGCAGUGGCACACACUUAAAGCACCUCAGGCUCCUGAAAUCUCAUUAGAGUGGGUGGCGGCAGUCUGGGCCUAAUUGGCAGACCACUUUGGUUCCCCUGCCAACUAGGCCCAAAGGUGCCUGCUCAAAGGACAUUCAAUUUAUCACUGGCAUGAUAACAGAACUUAUGGAAAGAGAAAAAUGCUUGAGAUUCCUGAUAGCUUCAAUUUGAUAAAAUAAUA